UUCGCUACUUGAAGACUCAUUGCUAACAAUGGGCCUUUGCGAGCGUGGCGACGGUCCAAACAAUGGCAUUAAACUUCUACGGAUUAACCAAAAUUGAUUUCAGACAGUCUGAAAAUGCAUUAUGGGAUACUUACGUUGCGCAAUGACUCAUUGUUAGCAAUGAGUCUUUAACAUUUCAUGGAAAUCAAACACAAUACUUUUACCAGCACAUUGUACAGAACCAUGGCAAAAGGAUUUGGUGAAAAGGUGAUUAGUAUAGCGGCACCAGGACAAUUCAGGUGAACAGCAAAACGGAAUCCAAAGCAACUCAUUGGCUGUUGUCAUUGCAAAUGCUGCACGUUCAUCUUGCAAAGUUCGUCUCAAGAAUUAGGAAAAUGUUCCUGAUACAUCUGCUUUUUGCAUUGACCUUCAAUAAAGUCAUGGCUGUUGAUAAUAAUAAACAUUCGGUGAUGUUUGAAGUGAUACAAAACCCAACAAACGAGCAGACAAGCAUGUUCCAUGAAUCAUUUCACGAAUGUAGCAGAAGUGGACCAUGCAAUUUUGUUGCAAAGAAUAUAACAACACGCAAAUAUUAUACAUACAACAAAGAAGAUGAUAUUCCUCAAGACCGGAAAAUGCUGAUAAUAUGGAAACGAAAAAGAAAGUAUUCCUGUCUUGAUUGGCGAUAUGAUUCUGCAAUGGUCAAUGGGAUAUACAGAAUAUCAGAUGAUGACGGAGUUGAAUUCAACGUUUACUGCGAUUUCACAUCAGAACCAAACUCAGUAUGGACCCUGAUCGAAUCCUUCUCAUUGGAUAAAAACAAUAUGUUCAAGAACAAGCCAUUCAAAAUUGAUUUCUCUUACAGUGAAGAUUCUCCAAACUGGGGCAGUUACAGACUCAGCAAGACAAGGAUCGAGAAACUCAAGUUAAGAUCAACCCAUUGGAGAGCAACAUGCAGCUUCGAUGUUUUUGGUGUUGAUUAUCGAGAUUACGUCAGAUUCAAACUUUCUGCAUUUGAUCCCCUUUGUUGUUUCAUAAGUAAAGCUCCUAUACAUGUAGAACUUGUAAACAUUAGAGGGUACAGCGCUACGGAGCAAUUAGUUGAUUUUUGGCAAGAUGAAGGAGAACAUCUAAAUAUUGACUCUGAGAAAAAUGUCAGUUUUUUGCAAGCAAAGGAAGGAUCCGUUAAAAGUGAAGAUAAUUUUGGACUAUAUGAAUACCAAAAUUCAGCAUUCCGAUGCACUGCCAAUAGCAGCAGCACUACUCAACAUUGGAUUGGAACGAACUACCCUUGACUCUGUUUUUAUUUGCCACAAUCUUAUGUUAUGAUUCAAAUAGAAUCGAGAUUUUGAAUUACCGUCGUGUUCCCGCAAAUCACAGUGUAAAAAAUAUAUAAAAGCUAAAGUUAUUAG